AUGUCCGCCGAAGAGACGAAACCUACGGCGCAAGCCAACCCCGCCCGCCCCUCCGAGUUCGAGGCCAUCGGAAGCAAGGUCGACAAGGUCGCUGCGCCGACUAACGGUGAGGGAGCUGAGGAAGAUGAUGAGAAGGUCGUCCAAGAAAUCGAAUCGCUGUGCAUGAAUUGCGAGAAGAAUGGAGUAACGCGCCUCUUCCUCACCGCGAUCCCUUACUUCCGCGAAAUCAUCCUCAUGUCCUUUGAGUGCCCCCACUGUGGCUUCCGCAAUAAUGAAAUCCAGACUGCCUCCGAGGUGCAACCGAAGGGCUCCUACUACGAGCUUAGGUUAACCGACAUGGCCGAUUUCUCGCGCCAGAUCGUGAAGGCCGACUCAGCAACGGCAAAGUUUAUCGAGCUAGAUCUCGAGAUGCCACCGGGCCGUGGCCAGCUCAGCAACAUCGAGGGUCUUCUACGCACCGCACUUGACGACCUAGAGCUGAACCAAGAUGUCCGCAAGGAGAGGGAGCCGGAGCUAUACGAGAAGAUUGCAGGUGUGGUCCAGAGGGGUCGCGACAUGCUCGACGGCAAGUCUUUCCCCUUCCGCGUCGCCAUCGACGACCCCGCCGGUAACUCCUUCAUCGCGCCGAACCCUACCGAUGGUGUUGGCAAGUGGGAGAAGCACGAGUUCCUCAGGACCCCAGAGCAGAACGCCGCUCUCGGCCUCUCGGCCACUGACGACGGCGCCACACUCGUCCCCGGUCCCAAGCAACCUGGCCUCACUGAGGAGGGUGAGAUCAUCCCCAACGAAGUCUACAGCUUCCCCGCCACCUGCCCCGGCUGCAUGCACAACUGCACGACGCACAUGAAGAUGGUCGACAUUCCUCACUUCAAGCAAGUCGUGCUCAUGUCGACCGUCUGCGACGCCUGCGGCUACCGCUCCAACGACGUCAAGACGGGCGGCGAGAUCCCCGAGCUCGGCGAGCGCAUCACCCUCGAAGUGCGCGACUCCCGCGACCUCGGCCGCGACAUCCUCAAGAGCGAGACCUGCUCCCUAGAGUGUCCCGAGCUCAACCUCUCCGUCAACCCCGGAACCCUGGGCGGUCGCUUCACCACCGUCGAGGGCCUCUUCACCCAGGUCCGCGGCGAUCUGCAUAACCAGAUCUUCCAGGCCGACGCGUCGGGCGCCGGCGGUGGUGACUCGCUGUCCAGCGAUGAGAAGGAGACGUGGAAGUCUUUCUUCGAUAAUCUAGAUCUCGCUAUUGCGGGCGAGAAGCCGUUUACAGUCAUCCUUGCUGAUCCGUUGGCGAGUAGUUAUGUGCAGAGUUUGGUGGAUCCCCCGAAUCCGGAUCCGCAGAUUACGAGGGUGAAGUAUGAGCGGACGGAUGAGGAGGAGGAGGAGCUUGGAUUGAAGGAUAUUAAGGUUGAGGGCUAUGAGAAUGAUCCGGCGGUGGCUAAGAAGGAGGGUGAGGAGAAGGCUGAGGAGAAGCCCGAGGAGAAGAAGCCAGAGACUACGUAG